AUGGAGGAAGACCUCAAUUACAAUGGGCAGACAACAAAAUUGCCCAGAAGGCGACACUGGUACACCCGCCUGUGGAGUUCUUGUCUGGGCUGUAGUUGCAUGAAACAUCAGAAAAAGAAGAUAUUUGUCGUGUACCACAAUGGAUAUGACCCAGUCGGUCCACUGCAACGAGCAGCCACUGUGGGUGACCUGGAUACACUGGAGAGAUUAAUCCACUCCAGUGAACAUCAUGUGGAUGAAUCUGAUAGGAGGGGCAGGACAUCCAUGCACUAUGCAUGUGCCCACAACCAUCCUGAAGCAGUGAUACUAUUACUAGAAAAUGCAUCCAAUAUUAACAUCCAGGAUGAUGAAGGCAGCACACCCCUGAUCAAGGCUACCCAGCAAGAAAAUGUGGAUUGUGUUUCUUUAUUGCUCAGCCACAAUGCUGACCCAAACCUGAUAGAUGUCAAUGGGAAUACAGCAUUCCUCCAUGCUGUAUCCAGGGGUAACAUACCAAUUGUAAAAAUGCUCCUUGAGCACAACGUAGAUUUUGAAGCCAAAAAUCGGUUUGGCAUAACACCUGUGGAACUUGCAGCUUUUAACAAUAAACCUGAAAUGGUAAAAUUUUUAGAAACAUAUUAUGCAAAUGCACGUGCAAUGUUAAACAGGACCGUUGUCAGAGCUCCAGAUGUUCUUCUGGCACCAAGGAUGCUGCUGCUGCUGCUAAUGCCCUUGAUUAUUAGUAACACCAGCCCAUGGUUUCUGAUCUUCCUCUUAGCGGUGGUGACAUGGAUGCGAAAUCCAUUUCAACAAGUGUGGCAUGAAGAAAAUGGCCAUGGACCUCCAACUAACAAAACAGAUGAACCAGUUGCUGCUGCAGCUGACCAGUACAGCCUUAAGAAGGGGUCAAGACCCACAGUGUAA